GGGUUGAAGGUCAGGUAGCCAUAUUGUCUGUUGAGGCGGAUUGGGGAAAAAAGAAGCAGGCGCUGACACCGAUCACAGUGGAUCUUAGUGCGUUAAAACAUAAAGUCUGGAUCCAGACUUUUAAACUAUAGUGUACAGCUAUGUGGGAUCAAGGCAGUCAACCGUGGCAGCACUGGCCUUUAAGUCAGCAGCAAUGGGUGCAGAACUUCCAGCAUCAGCAAGAUCCAGGUCAAGUCGAUUGGGCUGCUCUGGCACAAGCAUGGAUUGCUCAGAGAGAGUCCACUGGGCAAACCGUUGUGGAUCAGCAAGGAAUGCAACCUAAUGGACAGGAAAUGCCAGGACUAGAUCCUGGGCCUAACAAUCAUGGGAAUUUUCAGGGUGACCCUAAUUUUAAUAGAAUUUGGCAGCCAGGUAUGUUUUUUUAAUGUUAUUUACAAUUU